AUGGGAAGCCAUGAGUUGCAGAAGAUGAAAGUGAUCAAGAAAGGUCCCUGGACUCCCGACGAAGACCACAAGCUUCUCUCUUACAUUAAUCACCACGGCCAUGGAAGCUGGACUGCUCUGCCUGCUAAAGCUGGGCUUCAGAGGUGUGGCAAGAGCUGCAGAUUGAGGUGGAAAAACUAUCUCAGACCAGACAUUAAACGAGGAGAAUUCAGCUCCAAGGAGGACCAGGACAUCAUACGACUCCAUGCCCUUUUAGGCAACAGGUGGUCUGCAAUCGCCACACUUUUACCCAACAGAACUGACAAUGACAUCAAGAAUUACUGGAACAGUCGCCUCAAGAAGCUCCUGACCCGAAUGGGAGUCGACCCGGUUACCCACAAACCCAAAUACCCGCCCGAAUCCAAACAUGCUGCACUCGUUAGCCACUUGGCGCAAUGGGAGGCUGCCCGGCUCCAAGCCGAAGCUCGAGCCUGCAAACCCCAAAUCACCAUUCCGGCGCCGCCUCCGCCGCCGCCGCCGUGUCUGGACGUGCUGAAGGUGUGGCAAGCCACCGCCUCCAGCAACAGCUUCUUCGACGGGUUUCCAUCUGGGACCCUGGAGUCCCGGACUUCUGCACACAAUUUGUCCCUUCCGGCGAACGGCGUCGUAUCGACGAACAGUUUCGAGUUGGGGGAAAAGGGUAUAAUGGAGAAUUCGCUUCAUCUUGAUCAGUGCUUCAGUAUUCUGCAGGCUUCGACGGAUCAUCUGCAGGUUUAUGACACGACGAAGGGUGGCCACGAAGGAGAAUUAUUCGAGGAUAAUAAGGAUUACUGGGACAAGCUGUUCGAUCUCGUGAAUCCGGCGGCGGGCUCGCCGGUAUUCUAG